UCCUAAGCAGACUCAAUUCUACUUUUUAUUAUUUUUAAAGCAGCUAUUGAAUUUUGAAUUUAUGUAUUUAAUAAACUAAAUAAUAAAAAAAUAUAUUUAAUCAACUGAAAAUGAACUCAAAGACAAUAGGGAUGUUAUUUUCUAAGUUCAAUGUUAGUAAACUUGGUAACCAACCUACAAGAAAUAUAGGCCUUAUUCCAAUCGUAGUAGAACAAACAGGAAGAGGCGAACGUUCGUACGAUAUCUACUCACGACUCCUCAAAGAACGAAUAAUAUGCCUAAUGGGUCCAAUACAUGAUGCAAUGAGCUCGCUUAUUGUUGCUCAGUUAUUAUUUCUUCAAUCUGAAAGCACAAGUAAGCCUAUACAUAUGUAUAUUAAUUCUCCAGGUGGAAGUGUCACUGCAGGAUUAGGAAUAUAUGAUACUAUGCAGUAUUGUGCACCACCAGUUGCUACUUGGUGUGUUGGACAAGCAUGCAGCAUGGCAUCACUUAUUCUUGCAUCUGGAACUCCAGGGAUGCGUAACUCAUUACCAAAUGCUCGCAUAAUGAUUCAUCAACCUUCUGGAGGUACACAAGGUCAAGCAACAGAUAUUCAAAUCCAAGCAGAAGAAAUAAUAAAAUUAAAGAAACAAAUCAAUCAAUUAUAUGCGAACCACACUGGCCUAGAUAUCCAAUUAAUUGAAAAUAGUAUGGAGAGGGAUAAGUUUAUGAGUCCUGUGGAAGCCAAAGAAUUCGGUUUAAUUGAUACAGUGUUGACACGUCCUCCUAUUACUGUAGAAAACGAAUCAGAAAUUUCUUAUGCAGAAAAUAUGUAACAAGUACAAACAGCCAAUUAUGUGAUUUGUUUAUUAUAAUUAGGUAUUAAACUUUGUAAUAUAAUAUUAAAAUUGA